GUUGUCGCUAUAACUGAUUAUGCAGAAGGGGAUUUAUUUCAGGUUAUUGAAGAUGACGGAAAGCUCCCUGAAGAGAUUGUACGCUCCAUUGCUUGCCAGCUGGUUUCUGCACUGUAUUACCUCCAUGCCCAUCGCAUCCUUCAUCGAGACAUGAAACCACAGAAUAUCCUUCUCGGACAGGAGGGCGUUGUGAAGCUGUGUGACUUUGGGUUUGCUAGAGUUAUGAAUCUAAAUGCCAUGGUGCUAACUUCCAUAAAGGGUACGCCACUUUAUAUGGCCCCAGAACUUGUGCAAGAACAGCCUUAUGAUCAUACAGCGGACUUGUGGGCUUUGGGUUGCAUCCUCUAUGAACUCUUCGUCGGAACACCACCAUUUUACACUAAUAGCAUUUUCCAGCUGGUGAAGCUAAUAACAAAAACCUCCAUACACUGGCCGCCAGAUAUGAGUCAUGAAUUCCGAGACUUCCUAUCCAGGUUAUUGCAGAAGGAUGUCCGCAAACGCCUUCAGUGGCCGGAUCUUUUGGAUCACCCCUUUGUUGCUGAUGGAAUAGAAAUUUCUCCUCGAACACGUAUGCUAUCCAGUCCAUUCACGCAACCGCUCACUCCAAGUCAGUUGGCCGAGAAGGAAAGACAAACAAAGGAUCUCUUACGUCCUGGAGGUUCGCGAGUUCUGCGUCGGACUGGAGAACGGAACACCUUACGUCAAGUGAAGGAAGAAGGCUCUGGAGAUCAUUUACAAGGUAUUCCCCCUUUGGCCCCAUCGUCGCAGACUCGGACCGCUGCACGUAGAACAGAGCAAUCCAACACCAAUCAUAUACCUGUAUUGACCAGUAACAGGGAGAGGGUUGUGUCCACUGUUGAUCCCCAUACCUACGCUGCUCACAUCAAAAGUUCGGAUGUGAAAAAUCAAGAAAAACGUUGGUCUCAUUUGCUACCAGAAAAUGAGGAAUUUGUGCAAUCACCCCCAACUCCUCGGGAGAAUCGUAUCGCGUCAGACUACGAGCGUGAUAAAACAAUACACGAUCGGUUCCGGGAGACGAAGGAACAGUUGAAAAUGUUGGCAACCGCACCCUCAUCCGCAGAUAUGGCACGCCAACUUGACCACGUGACUGACUUAUCGGGUAGACACCGGACAAACUCGUCGGAAAAAAAUGUUCGUAGAACUCUUAGUCGACCAUCUUCAGGAGUACUGGAUGAGCGUUUCUCACAAACAGCUCCGGAUAACGUGCCAAAAAGUACUGGUGGAUGGUGGCUGCGCGACAGCUGUGAGGCUUGGGAACGCCUAGUGGACGCUACGGAAGCAGCUCUUGCUGUUUCGUCUAGUAACGAUAGAGAGACUGGUAGCCGGAAGUCCGGGGACAGCAAGAGACUUCCACAAGAACGCACAGCUCUCAGUUUGUUGACAGACCACGAAUUUGCUCAACGUGUUGGUUUGCGUCUCCUGUCAGCGUCAGUCAUUACGAACAAGGCAGAUGAAAGAUCUGUCUAUUCAUGGGCAUCCGCCCUGGCGGAAACUCGAAUGACCUCCGGUGGUCGACAGAAACGACCCGCUUCGGCAGAUUUGGUCAGUACAAAUGAGUCAUCAAAGGAAACUAAUCCAGGAUUGGAAGCUGCGUCCUAUUUGAAGAACAUCCUCCAUCUGGUCACGAACCUUGUCACCGUGAAGUGUACAAACCAGCCAUAUGUUUUCCUUUCGCUGUCAAGCAAUGUCUCUAUCGUGGAGAAGUUUUGUGAACUAACGGGAGUUCCGACCCAAAUCUUGAAGUUAAUCCGCUCAAUGCUGUCAGCUGACACGUUGAAACAACCUCACGUGGGACAGUUUUUUGGCAAAGAGUCAGAACAAUUUAGUAGGAAGAAGAAACUAGGUUGGAAUAACGUAAAUGAUAUUCCUGUGCGUCAUACGGCAGCGAAUUAUCGGUGUCAUGCUCUCGACGAUAAUGAUGAUGAUGAUGAUGAUUAUGAUGAUGAUGAUGUCGACGAUGAUGAUGAUGGUCAUAAUGAUGAUGAUGAUGAUGGCGGCGAUGAUGAUGAUGAUGAUGGUGAUGAUGAUGAUGAUGAUGAUAAUGAUGAUGACGAUGAUGAUGAUGAUGAUGAUGAUAAUGAUGAUGAUGAUGAUGAUGAUGAUGAUGAUGAUGAUGAUGAUGAUGAUGAUGAUGAUGAUGAUGAUGAUGAUGGUCUUUCCUGCUCUGAUCUAUCUUGUUUACUGCAGCGACCAUGGUAUGAACAAAUUCUACUGGAUCUGAUCAUUACAGUGAACGCUUACUUUGUCAGUGAGAUUGGACAUCGUCAGACCGCAUCAGAAUCCGCAAUACAGAAUUACACGGAGCACGCGUUAACGUUCUUGGAACUCAUACCCGAUUUACUUACCCAAGCAUGUGAUCAAGAAUAUCAGUUGCGUGAUCAGACACUACUGUGCUUGCGAUAUUUGAUGGAGCGCAUGGUGGAUCGGAGGAGUGACAUAGUUCACAGCUUUUACAGAGAAAUCACGACGAAUUACUUGCCGGCCGUGAAACUUUUGGUCUACAUGCCGUCAGUCAGUAAACAAGGUGCACUGGAUCCACAGCGACUGGAUGAUGUUCGAGAGCACGCUUUGGCUGCUUUAACGGCAUUUACUUAUCCACUAACGACGUCCUUCUUUGUCAACGACGAAGCAUUCUCUAUGAUGGACCCAGUUGUGGACUGGGUUGCGGGACCAAGGCAAAUAUCGGUUAGCACGCAUGAGAUUGCUUCCUACGUCGCACAACAGCUAUGCUUAUCGGAAAUGGAAACCCACAUGAGGCUGUAUAUAUCCUAUUUGUGGAUGCCUCGCCUAUGCAUUCACACGGCCAAACUAUUCUACGACUGCAUUCAAGCGGACGCUUCGUUUGCUCGGUACUGCGUGAGUAAAUUUCCCGUCUACUUGGAGGCAAUGUUUGAACUUUUACACAAAAACGUGCCUGUCUCUGAAUUGGAUCAGUUCACGCUGACGGAGAUCGUCACACAUUCGCUCAGUGCACUUAUUGUCCAAUUGGGCCAAGUUCCUGAUGUCAUAAGGCAAUCCGGCUCUCAACUCUACCGUAUGUUCGUUGAGUCCCAAGUUCCCAGUCACGCAGCUGCCCUAGGUUUGGUGCUUUCACGUUUGGGACCUUGUGAGUCCAAAGAAGGCAAUGUCCAACCUCGUGAAUUGGCCCAAGCCAUCGGGCGCAUCUUCAUGUCCCCGCUAGCACAAAGCCAUGCAUCACGUUGCAGGCUUUUGCUUGCAAUGAGCGAAAACGUGAGUGCUAGAACGACUCGCACUCCUGGGGGUUCAAACGAUGCCCUUGAAGAACUCGAGCUACCUAUGACACUUGGAAUACCACAGUUGAACUGGCCCGCCAACCACGGAUGGCUGGACGGAGUAGUGGAGUUGGCUCUGGUUCACUUUUCACAACCUGAUGGACUGUUUAUGCGCCAGUGGAUAUCAGGCAAAAUGCAUGAACGACUUUGGCAAUGUUUGGAACACGUUCUGAACGUCAGCUCGUCCAAGAGAGAAGCAGCACCGAGCGGCGUUUGUGAUCCGGAUUGGUCAAUGUUAUCUCCACGAGGCGUCUGUGUUUUAUUGCGUCUGGCAAUCGGUGUAUACACGAAGGAACCAAAGCUGUGCACGGAGGCCCUAUGUGGUAAUCAAAGCCAGAUGGUGAACUGCUUACAAUACUUGUUCAAACCGUCGUUUAUUGAAGGUGUGGUGAACAGUUCUUGGAACACACUUACCCGGGACGGUCUCAUAAUGACACUUCUGUCGUCGGCCGCACAAACCCUUCAGAUUCCAUUAAAUGGAGAGGACGAGCAACAAAUUCAAGCCUGUAUCACAUCUUACCUAAGGAAAGACAUCUUUGUCGAUCUUUUCCGUGUGGCCGCACAAAUGCAUCUCAAUCGGUCGUACUUCGUUGGUCAAACAAAUUUCGUUCGUACAUCACAUCAAAAAGAUGAAGCAGUUAAUUUGUCCAGACUACAAGCCUUGCUUUCCGUUGGUUUUCACAUCUGUUCCGGAACGACAAUGCCGGACAUUCGAGACAGUUCGAGCGGAGACUCUUCUCGGCGCUCUUCACUUGUUACCAAUACGGAGAGCACAGAGUUGCUUCAAAAACAGUUGGCUACUUUGUUGAUAGAGAAAGAAGACAGAGAGUCAAAGCAAACUGUGAACCGAGUUCGAAGAUUAUUCAACUGGUGUUUGUGCUGCCCGAUGGCUGACAUACGUGCAGGUGUUUGUGUACUUCUCAACCAAGCACUAAUGCUCGACGUCGUUGAAGUGCAUAGAAACAUGAUUUCAGGACAAGGAGAUAGCACAAGACGGGGAAGCAGCGGUUCAAUUCAUUGUCAGUUUGACACGACAGCACAUCUCAUAUGGUCCGUCCUUCAAAAUCCGAGGCGAGGUUCUGAAAAUCGCACUAUGAAAGCGUCCGAUAGUAUUCUGUUGAAUCUCCUGACUUGUAACAAUCCUACCGUUGCUACUCAUGCGCUGAACCUGCUGGCGAAUCUAAUCCUGCUCACUCCCGCCGUUCAGAACGAAUCGAAACCAGUUCAUAUUACACCUAUCCUAGCUCGGUCGAAUUCAGUUGAUCAUACUUCUGUGGAUGUUUGCAGCACACAAGUCCAACGAUUCCGUCUCAGUGCUGAGCAACAAGUAAAACUGGUGACAGAAGACGAUCCUAUUUGGUGUGAACUCUUUGGUCGUCUGGUGGAUACGGCAAAAAAUCAGUUGACCAGUUCAGAACCAACCGUACGCCAAGCAGCAGUGCUCGUUUUGGGCAACGCAGCAUUCAGGUUUGAAGCAGCUGCUGCGAUUGCCGUCUCAGUAUUAAGUAGACUAACAUCCAUGCUUGUGGAAGAUCCUUCAGCCCGCGUCAGAACAAACUCAGCCGGGACGCUUGGCAACUUGGCGUUUCACAGUGCUGCAGUCCUAGAAUCAGUCUUGGAGCAACAGGUCCCAAAAAGCCUUUUAGAGACUGGGUGUUUAGAUGGUGACCGACGUGUACAGGAAGCCUCUUUGGCGGCUCUCCGAGCACUCUGUCUGAAGGACACAAGGAUUAAAAAUCAACUUAAAGAAGACAAGGCCACUGAGAGACUACAAGCUCUUCAAAGUUCCAUUAAGCGGACCGUCGCCUCACGCUCGGGUCGGAAAACAAUGCUGAACAAAACACGAGCCCCGUCUGCAACGAACACAUUGGUUGACUACGAUGUUAUCAUUCAACACGCGACAGCGAUUUGUGAUCUACUAUGAUCUCGGCUGCAUACAGUCUUGCCCAAUCGACAUCCGCUAUGCGAACAUGACUCGCGCCUCCGGGGAAUUCGAAAACCCGACUACCGUCAACACUCCCAGGUCCGCCGUAAUCAAUCCAGUGAUUUUCUACCCAGCCAUGACAAUUUUUGAACUAUGCGAGUUUAUCAUGUGUGUAUACAGUACAAGUAUUAAGUUGAAUGCUAUUCAUCAUUCUCAUUAUAGCAAUUCAAUUUGCA